AUGGCCCUGCGAACCGCACGUUUCCUUCGCUUCGCGAGCGAGGCUACCGGUGUGACCAACCGGCUGCUGCUGACGCUCACGUCCCCCGGGGAGGCCAUCUUCAUCAAGAAGCCUGUGGAUAGUGUGACGGUGCCGGGAACGGAGGGCGUCUUCACCGUCACCAACAACCACUCCUUGAUCGUGUCCCAGCUCAAAGCGGGGGUGAUCAACGUGAGGGAUGGCUCCGAGACAAAGGACUACUUCAUCUCGGACGGCUUCCUCUUCUUCAACCAGCCGACUGAUGCCUCGGGUUGCUGCACUGCCGAGGUCGCAGGAGUCGAGAUCGUGCCUACAUCGGCCCUCGACAAGGACCGGGCGGCGCAAGUCCUCUCCGAGCUCAUGGCAUCCCCGAAGGACACGGAGUGGGACAGAACGAAGGCCCAGCUGGGCGCGGCUUUGGUGAAUCAAGUCAUCAAGGCUGCGGAAUGA